GGUGAGAGCAUCGACCUGUGAAUCGUAACCGUCAGAAGCAGCAAAGACAAUGGCGGACCGCUUCCCUUCAUUAGACGACUUCGAUGCUGGCCAAACCGAAGCGCAAGGCCAACCCACCCUCGACGCCCUCGAGUCCUCCGAACCCUCCGACUUCCUCGCCCGUGAGCGCGCAGCACUAGGCGACGAUGCCCAACAAUUCGCCUCACCCGCCGACAACACUGCAACAGUAGCCGACGGCGACGAUGAUGACGACCUACUCGGUGGCGGCGACAGCUCCGCACCGUCACACACCCACCACACCAACGGCGCAGCAGAGGACGACAUGAUGGGCGACUUUGAAUCCUCCUUCCCCGCCGUGGACACGCAAAACGACCGUGUCGCACCCGGCGGCACAAUUACAGGCAACACACUUCCUUACCGCACCAACGACAACACCCAACAACAACACGACGACGACGACGAAGAACCGGAAGUCCUCCGCUCCUGGCGCGAACGCCGCGCCCUCGCCCUCCAACACCGCGACGAAGUCUCCCAACGCAAAAAGGAAGAAACGAUGAAGGCCGCGCGCGAAGCCAUCGACGAGUUCUACGAGAACUACAACAACAAGAAGGAAAAGGGGAUGGCGCAGACGCGGAAGGAGGCGGAGGAGUUUCUGAAGAAUCGCGAGGAUACAACGAGUGGGGGCACGAGCUGGGAGCGGAUUGCAAAGUUGGUGGAUUUGAGUGGGAAGGGAGCGGCGGGGGGCGCGAGUGGGACGGGGAAGGCGAGGAUGAGGGAGUUGUUGGUGAGUUUGCGGAAGGAUGAGAGGGCGCCAGGGGCGGUAGGGGUGUAACACAGUUAUCUUCGAUAGAUGUUUUCGGAUGUGUUUGGUUCGGAUGGUACGGUGAUGGUGCGCUGGAAACGGAGAAGGAGGCGCUACGGCGCUGGGAGGCAUUGCCCGUUGGCGUCUUCCGGACCACGCCAAGACCUUGUAGCAUAGAUGGGUGUCAGGUCGAAGGACUCAUUCACCAUUUUACGGUUGAACCUCUGCGUUGCACAGAAC